AUGAGCAACCAAACAUCCAUGGCUGACUUCCUGCUCCUGGGAUUCUCGGACGUUUGGCAGCUGCAGAUUUUGCACUUUGUGGUGUUUCUCCUGCUGUACCUUGCAGCACUAGUGGCGAAUCUCUUCAUCAUCACAGUUAUCACCCUCGACCGCCAGCUUCAUACCCCCAUGUACUUCUUCCUGCUCCAUUUAGCCUUCAUCGACCUCUGCUACAUCUCCGUCCCCAUUCCUAAAUCCAUGGUCAAUUCACUAACCAACACCAGAUCGAUUUCUUAUUCUGGUUGCAUCACCCAAGUCUUUCUCUUCCUCUUCUUCGCAGUAGCGGAGCUGAGCAUCCUCACUAUCAUGGCCUAUGACCGAUACGUUGCUAUAUGCCAACCCCUUCGUUAUCAGACUAUAAUGCACAGGAGAGCUUGUGCGCAAAUUUUGAUCGGUGCAUGGCUCAGUAGUAUUCUCUACUCUGCACUACACACGGGCAACACGUUUGGGUCCAACUUCUGCGGAGGUCAUGCAGUGGCCCAUUUCUUCUGUGAAAUCCCCCAGCUGCUCAAGCUGGCCUGCAUCAACACAUACUACAGAGAAGUUGGGGCAAUUGCAUUUAGCGUGUGUUUAACAUUAAGCUGUUUUGUUUUUAUAAUCGUGUCGUACGUUCGGAUCUUCACCACGGUGCUGAGAAUCCCCUCGGAGCAGGGCCGGCGCAAAGCCUUCUCCACCUGCCUCCCUCACCUCACCGUGGUCACCUUGUUCUUUUGUGCUCUCGUCUUUGCCUAUCUGAAACCCACCUCCAGCUCAACAUCCCGUCUCGAUCUCAUGGUGACCAUUCUCUAUUGUGUGGUGCCUCCCCUUGUGAAUCCCAUCAUCUAUAGCAUGAGGAACAAGGAGAUCAAAGCUGCCAUGAGGAAAGUGAUAGGAAGAAGCUUAUAUUCAUGA